AUGGAGGGCAUUCGAUUGGUUAUUCUCUAUUUGGCAGUCCCAAGUUUCCUAUUCUCCGUCCUGCGCCAAAUACUCUCUUGGAUAAAACGGGAUAAUGGAUCAAGCAAAACUAUUCCUGGGCCUCAGCAAUUCCCUAUUGUUGGGAGGGUCCACGAUCUUGAUAGGUUUUGCAUGUGGAAGAAGUUCAAGGAAUGGGCUGAUAUCUACGGUCCGAUAUACAGGACAAGUAUGCUGGGCCAGCAAUUCAUUAUAAUAUCGGACCAGAAGAUCGCAGAAGAGCUUCUUGUUAAACGAGGCCACAUUUAUUCUGGGCGCCCUCAGAUUCGGGCUCUCUUUGACCACAAGACUGGGCCUGGCUAUGUUGCAUUAAUGGACCGACAUGAAACUUGGACUCGUCAACGGAAAUGGGUCCACGCCGCAAUGGCAGAUUUCCAUCGAUCCCAUUUCUUUGGAGUCAUCGAGACUGAGGUUAAAAGAUACCUGGCAAUGCUCCUCCUCGAUCCAGCAAAGUUCCAUGCUAAUUCGCGGGAGCACUGUGGGCGCAUAAUGAGCCGCCUGGCUUGGGACGAUGCCUCACAGGGUAAGGAAAAUGGUGAUAGUGCUGAUCGUACCCUGACACAGAUGUCUGUGUCAGGUCCCAUCGUCAACACGGUAACACCCCUGUGGGCAAUACCCUGGGCAUUAAACCCAUGGAAGAAGUCCGAAAGAGCACGUGAAGACGAGCAGCGAGCCUGGUGGCUUAACUCUUUCCAUACAGCAAAGAGAAGAUAUCUCCAUGGCGAACUACCCAAAGACACGUGGGCAAGCCGGUACUUCACGGGUCUUCAGGAGCAGGGUAACAUCGAUCUAGAGCAGACUCCCCAGGAAGAGGAAUUCGCAAGCUGUAUGCUCGGAUUCCAAAACCUCGUAGGUGUCGUGACGAUCAGCGGGCCAAUGCUGUUCUUCCUAAUGGCGAUGCUGCUGCACCCUGAAUGGCAGAAGAAAGCUCAGGAGGAAAUAGACAGGGUUUGCGGCGAUCGCAUGCCAACCACAGGGGACAUGGCCGAGUUGCCUAUAGUUAGAGCAUGUCUGAAAGAGACACUCCGAUGGAGAUCUGGCGUUCCUCUCGGAGUACCCCAUCAAGCGGAGCAGGACGAUGUGUUCAGGGGCGAGAAGAUCACGAAAGGCACGAUAGUUAUGGCAUGCGAGUGGAGCAUGAACCGUGUCCCCGAGCAAUACCCAGAUCCUGAAAACUUUCACCCCGAGCGUUACUUGGAGAAAGAAUGGCCGACCUACCAAGAGCCACUCUCACGAUACCCAAACCUUCGAGAAGGGAAGGGGAUGCACACCUUCGGAUUUGGCCGUAGGACAUGUCUUGGCCAACACAUCGCAGAUGAUGAGAUGUUCGUCUCGGGGGCCGGUGUCCUCUGGGCCUUUAAUCUGAGCAGGAAGAAGUCUCCUACGACAGGCAAGGACAUCGAGUUUGACAGCGAGGCCACCAACGCCCACGUCAUCUUGGAGCCGCUACCAUUCCCCUGCGAUUUCCAACCUCGAAGUACCGAGAGAACAGCGCAGAUCCUAGCGGGGUAUGCCGAAGUUAGAGACCAACUAAGAACGUAA